UACUCUGUUAUCUGUAGUAAAUUAUUAAAAAUGGCCGUCGUAAUGCGAAAGUUGAGUCGAUAUUAAUGCUUAUCUUUGUUAGAAAUGCAUAACGUAUUUUAAAUUUUAAGGGUUUCUAAUGUGUUAAAUUAGUACCACUUGUAAUUAAUGUUCAGGGAAAUUAAGAAUUUUUAAUAGUGAUAGGUUAGUUUUUCAAUAAUCAUGGCGGUCUUAGCGGCAGCACAAUUACUUGACGAAUUGAUGGGCAGGCAUCGUAAUACAAACCCAAAUGAGAAAAUAAAAAAGCCAAACUGGGAGGAUCCUGAGUAUUGUAAAUAUUAUAUGGUUAAGUUUUGUCCUCAUGAUUUGUUUGUCAACACAAGAGCAGAUUUAGGAGCGUGUCCGAAGGUCCAUGAUGACGAAGUUAAAGAUUUGUUUGAAAAAGCCGAUUCUUCAUACAAAAAGGCUCAGUAUGUCGAAGAAUUCCUACGGUUUUGUCGACACAUGAUAAAUGACGUAGAAACAGGGAAAAUUCAAAAGGGGAAGCAGCGAUUGGAGUUAAUGAACUCCAGACCAGAUGGACCACCAAUGACCCAGGCUCAGACGGAGAAAAAUCAAGAGCAGGUUACGCUACUAUCAGAAAAGAUAACAGCUUUAGUACAAGAAGCAGAGGAGGCCGGCACUUGUGGUAAUGUAGAGCAAGCCCAAGGUUUAAUGAAGCUCUGUGAUAGACUGAAAGAAGAAAAGGAUCAACUUCUUAAACAGCAGGAGAAUAGUCAUUGGUCCAUGACUGCUGAGUUGGCGGCAGCUCAAGAGAAGCAGAUGGAAGUAUGUCCUGUUUGUGGUGCCUUCUUAAUUGUUGGUGAUGCUCAACAAAGGAUUGAUGAUCAUUUGUCUGGAAAGCAACAUGUUGGCUACUUUAAACUGCGUCAAGCGUACGAAGAGAUGACGGCGGCGCGCGAGAAGGAGCAGCAGGAGAAGGAGAAGCGGCGCCGAGAGGAGCGCGAGAAGGAGCGCAGCGUGCGCGGCGGCGGGCUCGGCUCCGACCGGCGCGACCGCGAGCGCAUGGAGCGGGACCGCGAGCGGGACAGAGACAAGGACGGCAACAAGGAGCGCGAGAGGGACAGACAUCGAUCAAGCCGGGAGACUGAAAAGAACAACCGGCACGAAGACCGCGAUCGGGAAAAGGAACGUGACCGUGAUAAGGAGCGUGAGCGUGACAAGGACCGUGAGCGCGAGAAGGACCGUGACCGUGAAAAGGACCGCGAGCGGGACAAGGACCGCGACCGUGAGCGGGAAAAGGAUCGGGAGCGUGAUCGCGAUCGUGACAAGGAGCGUGAUCGUGAUCGGAAACAUCGGAGGGAUAGAAGAUCUCCUCACGAACGGUCACGGCGACGAUCACGCGACCGCCGCUAGCUUAUCACUGAGGUAUCUCAAACCACCUCGAAACGCUUUUAAUAAAAUGCCAAAAAAAAUUACAUCGGUAUAUGGCAAUCAUAUGGGGAGUUUUGUUGACCCCGUUGAUUCGGUAGUUGUCGUCACACCGACGGACUUUGCAGGUAUUUAAUUGGUAUUUUGAAUAGCAGCUGGAUGCUGACGAUUUGAGGUGUUAUUGUUCAGUCGUUGAACGACGACUGAUCGAUAAAACUGUCUUAGUCCGGGCUCUGCGUCGUUUUAUUGAGGUAUUUAAAAUUACGUUUCGUCGUCGUGAAUCGAGUUGCCAGUCGGCCUUCUGUCGCCAUAAUGCGAUGCCAGGUAUUUGUUAGGGCUAUCCAGUGACAGGAGAUAUUUAUUUCAUUAUUAGGCUUUGGAAUUUAAGGGUAUUGAAUUAAAUGUGGCUGUGGGUCUAAAAAUUUGGAAUAAAUUAUUGUUAGGCCUUCUCAUUGUAGGAUAAUGUACAUUGUCAUCACAUAUAAAAUGUCAUAAUAUUAUGAUGAAGACGACAUGGCGAUUAUUUGAUAUAUUCCUUGAGACAAAUGGAUGCUGUUUUCACAUCAUCUACUGUGUAUUUACAGGUACCCACACUAUGGCAACAAGUCUUUUUGUUAGUAUUGAUUUUCUAUCUGCUUUAUUUUUAUUAAAAUAUAAGUUUGUUGCCAUAUUAUAAUUAACAUUUCCUAAUCCCAUUCGGAAUCGAAUUCAAUGCUUUGAAAAAACAUCAUGUAAAUAUGAAACGAAUCAUGCAUUGAAGUCGGUUCCUAACUUCGAAUGCCCUAAUCCUCUUUACUAGAUUGUCAAUGGACUUUUCAGUUGGGAACCGAGCGAAGUGGACGGCGGACGACUCGACUGCGACAAAGAGGUACUUUUGCAAUUAGCGAACAUUGAAGAUUCCAAAAGUCACGACCCGACGAUUCGAGGUGACUCACAAUAGUCACGUUUCAUAUACACGGAUAUUCGUGGAUAGUAAAGCAUGUAACUGAAAUAAAAUAUAUUUGUUAUGUUAGGUUUUAAUAUGUAUAUUGUAGCUACCUCCGCAAAUGUGUCCCUAGGCAGGUUUAUAAUGAUUCCACUGAGGAGUGACACAGGUAUUUAUCACUUUUUUAUUUUACAUAAAUGAUGUUGAUAAUUUUGUGAUUGGCGUUGUUGUGUAUUAUUUCGCAGUGUGAACGGUUAGCGUUAUUUUUAUCUUAUAAAAUAAAUAAAUGAUAUGAGAUAAA